CUGCUUUAUAGUCUGUCCCCUGAUGUCACAGACCUUGGACGCAGGUGUCUGGUGAUGACUUUGAGGCAUGUAGAUAUUUUUUUCUAAGAGUCCAGGACAUGAACGAACAUUUUGUUUUAACAUUGGGGAGGGUGUUUCGUUUUAAUCAAGGACUCCCUUGUGCCAUGGACCUCCAUGCUUGCGUUAUACAGCCACCAUUCUCACAGCACGCUGUCUCCAGCACACCCGGCCCCGUACCGUUCAGUGACACGCCAUUUUAACGGGGCGACGCGACGCUGGAGACUUUCUACGGCCUUGCCCCGCGCCAAGAUCCAUGGUAACCACAACGAUCCGCGAGACGGCAUUUCCGUUCUGUCUUCCUAUAAAUAUGUUGCAGCAAGACAUCAAUGAUUCACCUUCACGUUAAGACGGAUCGGAACCAGCCUCGAUUCUGCUGUUGUAAACCUCUCCCUCCAAGAUCCACCACGGAGCGACAGUACUACUGCGAUACACCCGCCAGUCAGUUCUACUGCCUGUCAGCGACAUGGAGCCUCAACACACAAUUCGCAUUAUCUUCAACUUAAGUCAAGUAGGCAAUAAAACCACCACUAUCUGCGUGGACGAGUUGCGUUCCGGCCUCCCUGGUUCAUGGACAUCUGCCGUGGAGACUACACUGCUUUCGUGGGUUUCAUAGGGGCUGUAUGACUUCACGCAGAGUUCAUUGGCUCCCAAGCUCAUGCCUUUCAUUAUCGUGCGAAAUAAGCUUAGACUUAUUUCGGGGCAUCAAACAUGUUCAGCUUGGGCCGGCUGGCGGCGUUGAUGGUAUGACAGCGCCACCUAGAGAUUAUGUACGUCGUUCAACCUCGUACAUCUAACACAAAGUAGUAUAGUGUAUAAGUUUCACAGACUGCUUCAUAAAACAGCUACAGUGGUGUGAGUCUGGUUAUGAACGAAGGAGCGCCACUUCAAAUGGAAUGUACUGUCAAAUGGUCUACUAACUUUCGAUCAUGACCAUCAGUCACCAACAAGGACCAGAUUUACAGCGUGCGUUAUUGUUCACGUAUUAUGCACAAUGUCAGCUUCAACCGCAAAAAAAAAAAAAACAGCGGUGUCACCUUGGCACACAAUUCAUAGACUUUCCUGUAUAUUUCUAUAAUGCCUAUCACUGACAGCAACGAUCGACGGGUGGUAAUUCUUUGUCACUUCCUAAGGGCCCGUGAGUGGGUGACUUUUGCUUGUUAGAGGUUCAGCUAUUUAUAAUUGAAUUUAUUGAAGGCGAUAAUGGCGUGGCCCUAACGUUGUUUAAUUAAUGGCGAAAAGACCUACAACUGUGCAGAAUGGAGAACCCCGAAAUGGAUUUUUUGAGAACGUCGAUACUCGACCUGCAUAGCAUCGGCACUGAGCAAGCAAUGCUCCACAGUUUACAUAAUGUUGUGGUGGAUGUAACUCAGGAGAAGCCUCUAAUCGAGUCUCGAGAAAUCGGAUUCUGAGUAGACAGGAUUCGAUACUCAGUGCAGUUUCCAAUUCUCAGUCUGUUCUUGAAUACUUAGCAUGAUUGAAUCCAUUGUGCGAGUUAGUCUGGAGUUUAACCUUAGCAGUGAGUACACUACCUUUGCGGUCCGCGAAUAUACCGUAGUCAAAGCAAAACAGGCUGCGGGUGCCGAUUAUGAUCACCUGUGGGUGUUUGCAUUAAUUACAACUUCGCACCGAUAAUGGAAAUUGUAGACGUCAACGCGCGAGCGACGUUCAUACUUCACUGUAAUCGAUUGCCCCUUGGCACAACGUGGAUAACCUGUGACCCGUUCAAGUGUCUAAUGACAUUAAACUCAAUGCAAGUACACGUUCUGGAGAAAAAGAGAUUCUCACAGUGAUAAGAAAGGUUCAAUGUUGAAUCGUCAAGGGCUGCGUCGGUUAUACUGGGCUCGAAUGAAUGACUUGUAAGUGAUAACUGUGUGAUUUAUUUGUAAGGAAAAAGUCAGGUGACAUGUGCAACAAUGAACGCUCUUCACCGAGCAAUCCUUGCUGGCCGACCAGCAGAGGUUUUAUACCUCCUAGAGAAGAGGAACUACGACCCGAACGCCCGAGACAGAAACCUCCGGACCCCACUGAUAAUUUGUUCGUUGGCCGAGAGAGAAGACUCGGCCGAAGUGAGUGCCGCGCUGCUGCUGAGGAAGGGAGCCCAGAUUAGUCUGUCAGAUAGGCAAGGCAAGGACGCCCUCUGUUGGGCAUGCCAGAACAGCAGAGCGAAGCUUGUGCAGAUGUUUCUGGAGGACUACCCGAGCCAGUUUAAGUUUCAUCUGCGGAAGAAGGACCGAGACGGCAACACGGCCUUGCACCUCGCUGCCCGGACCGGCAACCCCGAUACUGUUAGUCUCCUGCUCCAGACGUACACGGACAAUAACCUCUUGGCAGAGGUAAGUGAGCGCAACGCCCGAGGUGAGACGCCUCUCCACCUGGCCGCUAAGCAGGGUAACUCUGCUGCCGUUCUCGCCCUACUGCCAUUGUCCUCUGACGCUCUAUUCAGGCGGCGAGGUGGCGUCGACUUCCGCAGCGCGCCAAAGUGGGCGAGCGCUGCAGUGAAGAUCGGUAGAAGCACGGGAGAGCGGGGCGUGAAACACGGCAGGCCUUUCUCGGAGCAACCCGUCGCUGGCAGUGCCAAAGCCAACGCCCCGGCCGCUAGAAAAAGACGGUCCCAGACCGCCACUGUCUCGUCAAAUCUCACAGAAAACCCGCAUAACGGUCACACUGGCACGCUGAAUGGAUCAAAACCGGGCGGGAAUGUGUCAAUCCUUCCCCGACGGACCAAUAUUUCAGACAUUUUUAAGAUAUCCGAGGUUCAGCUGUCUGCCAACUCGGCGUACCGCCGGCCAGCCAGAGCGCCGCCACUGCCACAGCCGCCCUCUGUUUGUGAGGACGACAAAAUUCAUUGCCGGCGAUCCUCUACCUUGAAAUUGCCCGGUAAAGGCCGCCGGGGCUCCUUUCAGACAAGUCGCAGUCGAUCUUCGACGAGACGAACGUCUAUGACAGACGGGGACGCUGUGGAUAAACAGAACACUAAACCAUGCAAGGCAGUGCCUACUGUGGUCGUAGACGAGCCAGGGAAAGAGGCCAAAGUGGUGCCGACUGUGAUAAUAGGCGAAGCAGGGAACGGAGGCACGGUUCCCAGACCGCUUCUCUCGAUGGAGUAUAAGACAAGGUAAAGCA